UCCCGACUCUGGAGUCGGGCGACCAGACCAGACAUGAAAAGAUGCUAUACAGUCAGUAGACUCACCGCACUGUAGGUGUACCCUCAAGAACAGACUUGACCCCUACACACUCAGGAGAACCCCGCUGAAUUUCUGGCAUCGUCUCUGAGUAUCAUAACACCCUGACGACAAAGAACAGAUUUGACGUGGAACAUAUAUGAAGGCACUUGAGACUAAUAACCUUGAGGAGUAAACACAGCAGUUAGUGACAACCCCCCCCCCUCACCCCCCUCAGUAGUGAUCAGUGUUGUACUUCACCACCUCUCCCUAGUUGGAAAUUUGUUUAGAAUUGAAAAAGUUUUAAGGAUCAGUGCUGACAAAUAAAUCAGGUAUGGUGGCCCCUCAUGAAGUAGGUGACCUGGUCAGAUCACUGGUUCGUAUUCCUGGAAGUGGUCAUGAUAGGACCAUGCCGUCCUCAUGUUUGGAUCUCGCCAAGGUAUCCGUAGUAGCAGCUUCUGUUCCCAUUUCCACAACAAUUCCGCCAGCCAUAGCUCGUCCUCUUGCACAGCGGGAGACAAACAGGAGAGGUGCCAAGGAUAGGGAAGGCCCAGUAGCAUCAAGAACUGAAAAACGAGGCAAUGCAUCUGGAGGAGAAAAUGUAGAACACCCACCUAUGAAGAAGCCGUGUCAUGUUGUAGUGAAUGGACGUCAUCCACAAUUAGUAAUGGGCACAUCAGCCGUGGUAAUUGGUACACCUGUUCAGCUGAUGUUUCAUUCGGGACAGCAAAUCCAGCCCCAAGCACCCGUCCAAAUCGGUGCUUCUGCAGGAUCGUCAACUCCUUCAGUAUCACAGCUCCUUCAGGAAGUGUCUUCUCUUCAGGCAGAGAAUGUCUCCCUCAACGAAAGGCUGUCUCUUUUCCAUCAGCUUUUUAAGGACAAGAAAAGGUUGGCAUCAGUUCUCCUGCGUCUUGGAAUAAAGCCCCAGUGUUAACUUCAUAUUAUUAGUCAGGAAAUUAUAUUACUGCUUUGCUCUGUGUGAAAUGGUUUCUAGUGAAAUGGCAGAAAAAAUGAUACAUUUUCAAGGAGUGGAAUUUAUUUUUUUGCUUUAUUCACUAUUUAGCCUAUGGGAAUACUGAGUGUAACAAACUAGUCCACUACCUCAGUGUAUGCAGCUAGUUAGAAUACAAUGUUUUAACACAUUGCAGCAACUCAUUAUAGGACCAUUUAAAUCUGUAAUACAAUUUUAGCUUUGUGUACAGCCUAAUAUAAAGUUAAUUGAUAAUUUCCUUUGGAAAGAGUGACCGAAGAACAUACAGUGAAUAAGUAACUUGGCUAAUUGCACUAAAAAUGUUAUUUUGUAUCAUGCUCUUUGCUUAGUAAUUAUAUGCAUGUAAAGUGGAAGUAAUAAACAGUUUUAUCAGGUGAAAUAGUUUUUAUAAUGUUAAUUUACUGCCAUUAUCUUGAGGGAAGAUAUUUCCAUAAUCUAUUAAUGGGUAUUCCCUAACCUUUCAGGUCCUUCUGAACUAACUAGGAAUCCUAUAGGGGUUAGUAAGACUUUUAUGAUUAUGAAAAGAAUUUGGGUUGUUCUGUCAAUUUGUGAAACGUCAGUAAAGCUAUUUGCAGAUGGAAUAUAAUCUUACAAGGUGUUUCUGUACCUGGUUCAGAGGUGUACAGCCGGUCUCAUUAGUACCUUUUGAAAUCCUUACCAUCUGGUAUUAUCCAAGGCAAGGACACAUGCUGGCAUAAGGCCAGCUUAUUCUAAAACAUGAAAAAGGCCAAAUUUAAAUAUAUAUCUCUAAAUUUUAUGAUAGUAAUUCAAACAUUAGUAUGAAUUAAAUAAGCAGAAAACAGAGUUAUCAAAUAUUAGUAUGAAUCAAAUAAGUAGAAGAUAGAAAUAAUUCCUCGAAAAUGCCAAUUAAUGUAAUACUCGCAUAUAGUGUUCUUCAGAAAGAAAUUAAAUAAAAGGUAAAAAAAAAAA